UGCAGCUUGCGCAGGUUUCACUAUCAGCACGAGCAAUGCGACUAAGCCUGUCCGUAUCAGCGCGGCCUGAUAGCCGGUUCAAGAACCAGGGAUGGUCUUCUAUUCGCUGGCUGGGCGUUGGGGCUGAAGCGAGAGGGGAAGGUAGGGGAUCGAGGCUAGAUGAGGAGCAGCCGUUUAGAGAGCUGCUGACGGCGAUAUCCGGUGGCGUUAUAGAUUGCUGAUCGGGUUUUCCAGGUCGACCAGCGUCACGGGAAUGCAGGGAAGGGGAAGUGGCGUGAGAGGACAAGGGAGUAUCGCUGGGUGAGAUGUCAUAGGUGUCUGGGUAACAUUGCGCGCAGGAGGAGGGUAUCACUUGGGAACAGAGGACGGAUGUCGGGCCAUGCACUUCGCAGAAGUGCGUCAAGGAUAGCUAUAAAUCGUAAACACGAACAGCCGGUCAGUACGUCAGGGAGAAAUAACUUCAAGUCAAAGUCAGAAAAAAAAAAAAAAAAAAAAAAACGAAGUUGUCGCGGGUAAUAUGCGAGAGAUAAGCAGCGUAUGUGCCACAAGAACAAGAGACGAGUGAGUUGCAUGUACGCGAUGCUGUGUAUCGCUGUGGUGCUUCGGUGACUUGGCUUUUGCUCGGAAAGAAAAGAAGCCGAUGGAAUGUGUCCAGAUAUGACACAGCGUCGCAAAGGGACACAGAGCAUAGAAAGAACGUGACGGAUGAGUGGCGGUGACGCAGUAACAGCCUAGUCACGUAUCGCAUCACGGAUGGCCGUGUGGUCGCCACGUUCCGUCGUCAAGGAAGAUAGAUAGAUAGCUAUAUAGCUAUGGCGUUUGUCUGGGCAUCGAAACAUGUGGGCCUUCUUCGCGACCACGACCACCAUCGUCUCCCAGCCAAGUAAAGCAGAGCGAUCGGGGCAUGGAGGGGAGAGGAAGAAGAAGGGAGGGUAAUGGCAACAGAAGCCAACAGACCGCAGGAGAAGACAGUAAGAAUGGAAAAGGACUUACAAUGAAAUCCAUGGCGAAAGGGGCCGAAGUAAGGACUAAGAUGUGGUGGGAGAAUCACGACGCCAUACUGCGCAUUGAGACAUAGUUUCAAAGAAUAGAUAAUAGAUAGACAGAUGGGAUAUGGAGGCAGAUGAGGGGAUGAAAUGAUUAAAAAUAAGAUAAAAACAAAUGGAUUGAGGACGAGCAGUAGUCGUCUCUUCAGGAGGGUUGAGGUUGAGGGUGGGUGAGAUAGAGCUCAAAAUUGGAGGAAGUAAGCCGUUGCAGCAGGGCUGGAGCUGGACUGGACUGGAGCGCGGGAGACAAACCGAUGAUAUAAUAAUUGUAAUCCAGCACCCGCGAACCGGCUGCACAAGAGGGCGGUGGAGUCGCCGCCGGGGAUGCUGAGAAACAGUGUGGGCGGAUUGGUCGCAGGGAUGGAUGGAGUGGUGGAUGGAGUGGUGGAUGUCGUAGUGGACGUCGUAGUGGACGUCGCAGUGGAUGUGGUGGAUGUGGAUGUGGAUGUGGUGGAUUGUGACGGGGAAAAAAAAAGAGAGCUGCGAGAAAAGGACUCCAGACAGACAGACAGACAGACUCUCAUCAGACUCCAGACUCAGACUCCAUCCAGACUCAGACUCAGACUCAGACUCAGGCUCGACUCAGGAGCAGACGCCGGAGUGGAGCGAAAAGUGGGCGAGACAAGAACAAAGACAGAAAUAAGACUUCGUCUUGGGGCGAUGUGACAAAGUUUAAAUAAAAAAAGGUUAACUCUGUUAAUGAAAAAAUAAUAUACAACAUAAUAUAAUAAAUAACUAACUCUCUC